AUGGGUGCCGAGCUACUUGAAUUCAAGACCACGCCUGUCGGUGAGAUCAAUAGCACUGUUGAACGGAUUCGACAGACAUUCUGGACAGCCAAAACACGAAAUGUUCAAUUCAGAAUCAAGCAGCUGCGGAAGCUGUAUUGGGCCAUCGAGGACAACAAGCAACUGAUAUUGGAUGCUUCGAAAUGGUGCAAGGACGAGUCGGCUCCGGACAUCAGCCUGGCAAAUAAGUUCAUGAGACCCAAGAUAAGGAAAGAUCCACUUGGAAUGGUACUGGUCAUUGGAGCAUUCAACUUCCCUCUCCAGCUCUCCUUCGGUCCCAUGGUUGGAGCCAUCUCUGGCGGCAAUACAGUUAUCCUUAAACCUUCCGAGAACUCCCCAAGAUCUGCCAUGGUUAUGCAAAAGAUUAUGCAGGAAAGUCUCGAUCCCGAUUGUUACACUUGUAUUCAGGGAAGUAUACCCGAAAUGAAGGUGCUGCUAGAAGAGAAGUGGGACAAGAUCUUCUUCACGGGAUCCGCAACAGUUGGCAAGAUCAUAACGAAAGCGGCUGCGCCCCACCUUACACCUGUCGUACUCGAGCUUGGAGGCAGGAACCCUGCCAUCGUGACUAGAAAGGCAGACGUGGCAUUGGCUGCCAGGAGACUCUUGUGGGCAAAGACAAUGAAUGCUGGUCAAGUCUGUAUCAGUCACAACUAUACCCUAGUCGACAAGGAGGUACUCGACCAGUUUGUGGAAGAACUCAAACGUGGCCUGACAGAGUUCUUUCCUAAAGGUGCCAAAGCCAGUGAAGAUUAUGGCAGGAUGGUCAACACUGGCUCAUUCAAUCGUGUCAAGAAAAUGCUCGAUGGAACGACUGGCAAGAUUGUUGCUGGAGGAACUGUAGAUGCUGAGGACCUCUUCAUUGAGCCCACAGUUAUUGUCAUUACUGAUACAGAGGACUCCUUGAUGCGAGAUGAGUCAUUUGGUCCUCUCAUGCCAGUCCUAGGUGUCGACAACCUGGACCAAGCCAUCCAUAUCGCCAACAAGACCCACGAGACACCACUAGGCGUGUAUGCCUUUGGGUCGAAAGACGAAACAGACAAAGUUCUGGCGUCGACGCGUUCAGGUGGUGCAAGCAUCAACGAUGGCAUGUUUCAUGGUACCAUUGGUACCUUGGCUUUCGGUGGUGUAGGCGACAGUGGUAGUGGGAGCUACCGUGGAAAGGCAUCCUUCGACACCUUUGUCCACCAUCGGUCGAUUACCCAUACUCCAGGUUGGAUUGAGUCCAUGCUCAAGGCAAGAUACCCGCCGUUCGCAGGGACGAAUAAAUACGACCAAUUGAGCAAGAUGUUGCUGCAAAAGCCGAACUUUGAUCGUGAAGGUAACCAGAAACUUGGCUGGAUUACUUGGAUCUUCACACUGGGCACAGGAGGUUACUUCAGAGGUGCGUCCCGGGCUCUAAUUUUAGCUGGUAUGGCGGUUUUGAUAAGAGUGCUGAUGGAUCGCAGGACGAUGAAUGGUAUUUUGGGCAAGGAUUGA